AUGUAAAAUUUUGAGUAAAUACGCUCGUUUUCACAACAGAAUAUAAACUCGAAUCUUUAAUAACUUUAAUUAUAGGUUCUGAUUCGAAUGUGUAUAUCACAGUCAUGCGAUUUUAACAGAAUUCUCAAAAGUCCUUUAUUAACGGAAAUGGUUUUGUAAAUCCGUCCAUUUCUAAUACGACUUGUCCAAUUAGGAGGGCGCCACACAUAUACUUUAUAUUAGAUAUCCCAUCUACUCUUUAUAUAUUGUGCUUCAAACCAGUCGUUAUAGGCAAGUUUGAAAUACAGAACCGCAACCGAUUUGAUGGAAAGUGUUUACAAUGUUCAACGUUAUCAGUUAGAACGACUUCUUGGUGUAACAUGUAAUGUUAAUAAGAAAAUAUCUGAACCGUGUUUGUGGACUUUAUCGAUUACGAAAAUAUUAUUCCAAGAAUAUUGGUUUUACGUACGACUUCAAAAUGAGCCAAUUUAAACCAAAAGCAGCACAUCAUUCUGGUUACUCUACAGUAUCUGAAUCCAAGAACAAAGUACGAGAGAUAUCGCAACCUGUUAGAAUUGCACAGUUGCUUGGAUUAUCACAAAAUAGUGCAAAAAAAUCAGCCGUUCCAAUAAGCUUACCUGAAAGACUUACACCCUACCUGAGAUCAAGCCGAAAAAAAAACACAAAUGCAUACACAAAAGUGCCUUGUGGAGAAAACAAUGUGCGACGAAACUUAAAUUUUACGGAAAGGCAAACUACAAGAGAAAUUAAAGACUCGAGAAAAACAGACGUGUAUAACAUCGCUGAGAAGCUUCCAACAGAAAAAGAAACAUUACGUGUGUCGAGAAAAAGUUGUCUGCUGCCACCAAACAGUAUAAAAGAUAAGCACGUGAAGAAUAUUUUGAAACAAAAGACGCCUGCAUCUUCUAACGUAAAGACGAAUUCUGGAAGGAAAUAUAUCGGAAAGAUCAACGAAUCAGAAGAAAGCUAUUUACCUUUGGUGCAAAAUUCUAAGGCACAUACUAAUUCCAUGAAAUGUGGAAAGAGUAACAAGAUAUCGGUCAUACAAUACACAUCGUCACAAACGCUUCACGUGAACGAUCAGUCGGGUAUAAAUAUUUUACAUUCACCUAACUCAGAUCUGACAGAUGGAAGCAAUGACACGGUGACAAAAGAAAUGAUGAAACCUGAUCAAAAGCAUGAAGAAAUCGACGUUUCUAACGAAGAAAACUGCCAUACAGUUGCAUGUAAUGUACCAAAUUUGACUUGUGCAUGCAUCAUGAGCACAAAGCUAGAAACUGACUUACAAUAUAACGCAGAUGGAAAUAUUCUUCGUUGUGCGGACGAACAGCCACUCGCUACAUGCACGUUAUCCGAUAGAGAGAAAAUGCAGAACGAGAUACAUCCAACGAACGCUGAAAAAGGAAAAUGCUUACCUAUUAACAUUUGUGAAGAUUUGCAUUUAUCUUUACAAGUUGUUACGGCUAAAGUAAAUGAAUGUGCGUGUGCGAAUUUACAGUGUAAAACUAACAACAGUGAAUACAUAAUUCUCCAUAAAACAGAACUCACUGAAUUGGCAUCCAGGUUGAACAUGCUCAUUUGUGGACUGGAAGAAAAUGUAUCUAGUUUGAAGGUGACAUUGGCUACCAUUACAGACACACUGUCUGCGGCAAAUAUGACAAAUAAUAAAAUAACCCAAGUUAAUGAGGUAAAGAUAAAUGUAGAAAUAGUAAAUAGUGCAGACACCAAAUCGCCACCGUGUCUAAAUGGCACUAUUUAUACUCAAGCCGAUAACAUUUCGAAGGAAGCUUGUAAAACACCAUGCAUUGCUUCAUCAAAGCCUGUGGAAGCGGAUAUAUUUAAAGGGAAUAAUGUCGAAACACGAGGAUCGCAUCAGAGUGAUUCCGAAAACAACAAGGAAAACGAGGAAAUGCUGGAUUCGAGAUCUAAAUCUACUGUGAGAAGGCGUUCUGCACGCUUAAGGGCAAAGCGAUCGUCAAGCAAUCUGGAUAUCACAAAUGAUAGCUUCGUAAAUUUGGAGAAUGAGCUGCGUAUUGCAAACUCCGAUGCAAUUGCAUCAGCUGGAAACUAUACUCCCCUAACGCAUAAAUACAAAGAUAACAUUUCGAAGGGAGCUUGUAACAUACCACGUAUUACCAUAUCAACGCCUUUGAAAGCAGACAUAGUUAAUAAUGUCGAAACACUAGGAUCGCAUCAGAGUGAUUCCGAAAACAACAACAAGGAAAACGAGGAAAUGCUGGAUUCGAUAUCUAAAUCCGAUGAUGAGAAGGCUGUGAGAAGGCGUUCUGCCCGCUUAAUGGCAAAGCGAUCGUCGAGCAAUCUGGAUAUCGCUAAUGAUAACUUGGUAAAUUUGGAGAAUGAGCUGCGUAUUACAAAGUCCGAGGCGGCAAUUGCAUCAGCUGGAAACUACACUCCUGUAUCGGAUAAAUGCAAAGUGGGAAGGCCUUUAAAGGAAUAUAUGGCUUUAAAAUCGCGUAUGAGUUGUUUGCUGACACCUAAUAUUAAUCGAUUUAAUUCUAUUCGGAGGUCGGGAAGCAAUGCAAACCCCGAAUCCGAUGGUGUGAAAGCUUCUUUAUCAAACAAACUUCUCCUAGAACUUAAUAAUUUAUAUGCAGAUUCACCAGAUACAUUAUAAUUUUAUACAUAUAUGUUUAUAACUGUUUUUUAUUAUAGGAUAUUACAAGAUUAUAAGAUAUAGCAAAAACAUUAUUCGAUAUUUACGCAAUUUAAAUUCUAUAAAGAAUAUUGUCUAUAAUAAAUAAAAGGAUUUUAUGAGAGGGACUUAAUCAUAUUUGCGUAUGACUUGAAUUGCAGAACGCCUUCUCAUAAUCGUAUUUAGAUCUUGAAUGUUGGCAUCCAAAUUUAAUUUUCUCAAUAGUGAAUACAUAAGUCUCCACAAAACAGAGCUCACAGAUUUGGCAUCCAACUUAAACAAUUAUGCUCAUUUGUCGACUGGAAAAAUAGAAUUUUUCAAACUUUAAACUAGAUACAUUUUCUUCUAGUCCAUAAAUGAGCAUGUUCAAGUUGGAUGCGAAUUCAGUGAGUUCUGUUUUAUGGAGAAUUAUGUAUUCACUGUAAAUUCGCACACGAUUCAUUUACUUUAGCCGUAACAACUUGUAAAGAUAAAUGCAAAUCUUCACAAAUGUUAAUCCGUGCAGGCAGGGAUGUUUCUGCUGUAUCUUAUAAUGUAAAAGUUAAUGCACUAUUUAUUUUAAUAUAGAUAUAAAUGUUUAAUUAUGCAUACUUGUUUUGUGGAGUGUAGAUUUUAUUUAAAGAUAUUCUCAUAACUUAGAAAUAUAUUUUACUUGUGUAGAAAAUCUCAUUUAGAUAUUGUAUUUAUAUAUUGUAAAAUAAAUUAUAUUGAAC